AUGGUCAACAUCACUCAUGUCAACCUAUUGCGGCUCGCGACUAGCUUGGACUAUGCCAAUUCACUUCACGCCAUAACCAACGCUUCCAUAGACCAUGUAUCACUCCUUUCUUACGAUCCCUCCUUUCUCGAUAUACUCGGUUCCAACGUCACCCAAAGGCUCGUUGCAGAAUUUCCCUGGCAAGCCUUUCACGAAGCGGGCGCGUACAAUCUCGCAACCCAAAAAAUCUACGCCACAAGCAACUGGGCCGGAGACAUCUCCAACCCCAUCAACAUCACCAUCAUCGACCCCACGACCAACGAAAUCUCCUCCCGCCGCUACCCCAACCUCACCAACGCCAACGGCGGCACCGUCUACUACCCGCCAGGAACCCCUCUCACCAGCACCACCAACCAAGCCCUCGUCUUCUGCGACCAAGGAGAUCUCACGCACGCCUCCCAAUUGACUCUGGUCGACCCAGCCACCAACACGACUCGAGUGUUGUUGAAUUCGUACUUGGGCAAAAAUUUCAGCUCCAUUAAUGAUGUCGUGCAACAUCCCCUGACGGGCGAUUUGUGGUUUACGGAUGCGAGGUAUGCGUUUUGGCAGCAUUUUGGACGCGAGCCACAGAUUCGACCGCAGGUUUAUCGGUUUGAACCGGAGACGGGGGUUGUGCAGGUUGUGGCGGAUGGGUUUGUUGCUCCUAACGGCAUCGAACUCUCCCCCGACUACAAACACAUUUACGUCACCGACACGGGCGUGCACACCUUCGCCGGCAAAGACAACGCCACCGACCCGGCCAACAUUUACAAAUUCGACAUCACUCCCGACGGCAAACGCUUAGAAAACCGUCAAGUGUUUGCGUAUAGUGAGAGGGGUUUCCCCGAUGGAAUUCACACGGAUACAGAAGGGAAUGUGUAUUCGGCUAUGAGUGAUGGGGUGCAUGUAUGGAAUCCCUCGGGCAUCUUAAUCGGAAAAUUCGGCGUCGCAGGUCGAGGAAGUGCGAAUUUUGCUUUUGUUCCGAAUGGAAUGUAUAUUCAGAACGAAUUGAAAUUGUGGUUUAUAUCGAUCGCUGCCGAGGGGAGGACGAUGAGGAGGGAUUUUGGGUUGGUGGGGUGA